AGCCCCGAGGCCCAAAGAAAGGCGGCCUCGAUGGGGCGAAGGCGGAGCUCGCCCUCCUCCUCCUCCUCCUCCUCCUCCUUGCCGGGGAGGCGCAGUCGGCUGUCUUUCGCCACAUGCCUGCCAGAAGAUGGCUGAAGCCGGCGAUCCCGUGGCCGGCCCGGCCCCGCCGCCGCCGCUACUCCUGGGCCGCGGCAGGCCCGUGGGCGAGCUGGGCGGCGGCACUCAGGCCUCGUCGCAACGGCUCCUGGCCUACAGCGACGCGCUGCUCUCCAUCAUCGCCACCGUCAUGAUUUUACCUGUGGCUCAUACAAAAAUACAUCCUGAUCAGGAACUCAAUGAAAGUGUUCAGCAGCUGCUGGCCACCAGAAUUGCUGUUUAUCUGAUGACAUUUUUAAUAGUAACAGUGGCUUGGGCAGCUCAUGUCAGACUUUUUCAAGUGAUUGAACUCAUAGAUGAUGUUCUUGCACUUCUAAACUUGGCCUGUAUGAUGCUGAUUACUUUUUUGCCAUACACGUUUUCCUUAAUGGCCUCUUUUCCAGAAGUUCCAUUUGGCAUUUUCCUGUUCAGUAGCUGUGCUGUUGUAAUUGGCUUUGUCCAGGCAGUCAUUGUCAUGUACGCAUUCCACCACCCGUAUCUGCUUAAUCAUCAAAUUCAAGUGUCUGAAAACCAAGCAUUUUACAAGUACCACAUCUUGAAGAUUAUCCUGCGAGGACCAACCCUUAGCUUUUUUGCUGCCAUCUUUUCAUUCUUCUUCAUUCCAAUGUCUUACGUGUUCCUGGGACUUAUUAUAUUCUUCCCGCAUAUCCGUCACCUGACCAACUGGUUUACGAGCCGGAUAGAUGGGCGGGAACAGGAGCUGCCUUUAGAGUCAUUUACUUUUUAUCUCAACGAACCUCUGAGCAAGGAAAGAGUGGAAGCCUUCACUGAUGGAGUUUAUGCUAUUGUAGCAACCUUAUUGAUUCUGGAUAUAUGUGAAGAUAAUGUUCCUGAUGCUAAAGAAGUGCGAGAGAAAUACCAAGGACAUCUCAUCAACGCUCUGAGCGAGUACGGUCCAAAUUUCCUUGCCUACUUCGGCUCAUUCGUAACCGUUGGCCUUCUCUGGUUUGUCCACCAUUCACUCUUCCUUCAUGUGACGAAAGCAACUCGACUGAUGGGCCUCCUGAACACCCUCUCCUUGGCUUUCAUUGGAGGGCUCCCUCUCGCUUACCAGCUGACCAGUAAGUUUGCAAAGAAGUCUCACAACGAAAUAGAAACCAUCCAGGUCAGCUGCGUGACUAUUUUUUUCGGUAGCAUCUUCCAGUUCGCCAUAUGGACCGCCGCUCUGUUCUACGAAAGGGAAACGUUGCAUCCUUAUGCUAGGUACGGCGGCAAAGAACAUGCCUUUAUGUUUGCCAAGCUUGCUCUUUACCCCUGCGUCAGCCUGUUUGCCUUCUUCCUGACUUGUAUCCUCGGUGAACUGAGCGCCACCAUCUUUCAUCUCAUGCAGAUAAUUGUCCCAUUUGCCUUCCUCGUGCUGCGUAUCUUUGUCAGAAUAGCUCUGAUGGCAAUCAAGCACAUCAUGUCCCUGUCCAGGCCACGGGAGAAUGUCUCGGAAGAAGAGGAAGCGUGUUUGUCUCCUCCCGAAACGUUGUCGUAGGAACUUUGCUGUACUUUUACCAUGGUAACGGUGGGAUUGCUAUGCCUCGAACUCAUCUGACUUCGUCAGCUGGGUAUAUUCAACUUAUAACUUCGGUCCCUGUGUUCAAGCAACACAAAUGCUUGCAGUAUAACCAGAUCACUGAUGCAAACUCCCAGAAACUGAACAUCAUCACACUGCUGCUUUCUGUCUGUCCCUCUUGUAGCUGGGCAUGAUCAGUCAUGGCUCAGUGGCAUUUUUGGUUGCCUCUGUUUUUUGGAGCAACCUCCUGAACAGGCAGGAAGGCCUUCAUGUUUUCUGAAGAGGCUGAAUUUUUUAGAAGGGCAUUCAAGGCCUCACAGCAAGGCAGCCGUGUGGAAUGUUUAGAUGGCAAAGUAGCUGACAUUUGCUGCAAGUUCUAAUUUUAAUUCUGUGGGUUUUUUUUAACUCAACUUGGAUCACAUAUUUCUGGGAACAAGUUAAGCUUGUCCUGUUUUAAAUGGAUACCUACCCAAGCCCCUGUCCCCAUGCAUUACGUACAGAUUAGCAUGUGGAUUGGUGGGUGAGGUUAACAGGAUCUUCUCUAUUUGACAGUCUCGGUCUUCUUGCUGGGAAUAGUUGUGGAGGAAGAGCAGGAGGUUUGAGAGAAUAUUGUGGCUUUAUCUCUUUGUUUGUGAGGGGUUCAAAUAAAGUCAGGUACUAGUUAUCCUCUAUAAAAGCCAUGUGCUGAUAGGCAGAAAUUCAUUGGCUCACUGUGACCAGGAUGACAGGUAUUAGAAAAUAAAGUGAGCAUGUACUAUAGGAUGCAUCAGUGCUGAUAGAUGUACACCUGCCACAAGAAGUCGACCUGUACGGUAAGGGGCUGUCUGGCGCUUGAACUGAGACUAAAAAAGUGACUAUUGGAUUGUGAAGCCGGUGCUGCCAAGAAAACAGUUCAUUCACGACUAGAAAAACUGAAAAUACUUGGGUUUCCCAGGUGCCUAGAAAUUUUAAGAUUUAAAUCAGCCUCAUCCAGAUCUCAUGCUGGCUUCAAUCCAGAAUUGAAGCUGGCGCCAUUGGGAUGUUCAGUGUUUUCCAAGCAGGGCUUCAUACAAGACCCAUACAAGACCCAGCUGGAUAGUAAACGUAGGUCAGCCCAGAUAAAAGAAAGGAAGUGCAUUCCAGUAGGCGUGUUAGUCAACUGUCUAAUAAUUUGCUCGUUUUCCCUCUUAUCGUUAUAGUGUUUUUUCUCCCAAAGUUUUUCUGUCCAGUUGGGAGGUGCAGUCAUCCAGGCCUUGCUUAAGCUGUAAAGCUGCCUCUUUUUUAUGGAUAUUUUCAUUAGCUUGAAGCAAGAGCGGGGCCUAAAAGUUUGACACCACUUCCCCAGGAAAAGUUCAGAUUCUGUAUCUUUAAAAAAAUGGUGCAGAGAUUCCCCUUGAAAAGCCCUACAUGAGCUAGUUUACAAAGUUUCUCUGCUUUCCUGUUCACUGCACUUUAUUAUGGACGUAAAAUGAUGUUUGUGUUUUGAGUGACUUACGAUGCUACCCGUGUUGUUAUAUGGAAUAAUUUUUCAGGUGUGGAAAUCAUUGUGUUGCAUAUUAAAAUUCACCCUCAAAUCCAAUAGGUGUUUCUUUAAUGAUCUUUGCUUGUUUAAAAUGAACUGAGUACUUUUUGAUUAAACUUUUUAAAAAUUAA